ACCCCUACCACUCGCGCCCCAGGGUUCCUAAAAAGGAAAGGUACAAGGUUGGUCCACAUGAGAGACUUGACAGAUCAAAGGCAGGGCAUACUUCCUGUUGCCCAGACCUUAUAUAAAACGUCAUGAUCGCCUGGGCUGCAGAGGCGCACCUAAGCACUGACCCAGCGGCUGCAGCCUGAGGUUUCCCGAGGACCACAAUGAACAAGUGGCUGUGCUGCUCACUCCUGGUGCUCCUGGACAUCAUUGAAUGGACCACCCAGGAAUCCUUUCCUCCAAAGUACCAUCAUUAUGACGCAGAAACCCGUCGUCAGAUCCUGUGUGACAAGUGUUCUCCCGGCACCUACCUAAAACAGCACUGUACAGCGAGAAGGAAGACACUGUGUGUCCCUUGCCCUGACCACUCUUACACAGACAGCUGGCACACCAGUGAUGAGUGUGUGUACUGCAGCCCAGUGUGCAAGGAGCUGCAGUCCGUGAAGCAGGAGUGCAACCGUACCCACAACCGCGUGUGUGAAUGUGAGGAAGGGCGCUACCUGGAGCUAGAAUUCUGCUUGAAGCACAGAAGCUGUCCGCCAGGCUUCGGAGUGGUGCAGGCUGGAACCCCGGAGCGAAACACCGUUUGCAAAAGAUGUCCAGAUGGGUUCUUCUCAAAUGAGACGUCGUCGAAAGCCCCCUGUAGGAAACACACGAACUGCAGCGCACUUGGCCUCUUGCUAAUUCAGAGAGGAAAUGGAUCUCAUGACAAUGUAUGUUCUGGAAACAGAGAAGCAACACAAAAAUGCGGAAUAGAUGUCACCCUGUGCGAAGAGGCAUUCUUCAGGUUUGCUGUUCCUACCAAGUUUACACCGAAUUGGCUCAGUGUUCUCGUAGACAAUUUGCCUGGGACAAAAGUGAACGCAGAGAGUGUAGAGAGGAUAAUGCGGAGACAUAGCUCGCAAGAACAAACUUUCCAGCUGCUGAAGAUAUGGAAGCAUCAAAACAAAGACCAAGAGAUGGUGAAGAAGAUCAUCCAAGACAUUGACCUCUGUGAAAGCAGUGUUCAGCGGCACAUUGGCCACGCAAACCUCACAGCAGAGCAGCUUUAUGUCUUGAUGGAGAGCUUGCCUGGGAAGAAAGUUGGCUCAGAGGACAUCGAAAGAACGAGGAAGACAUGCAAACCGAGUGAGCAGCUCCUAAAGCUGCUCAGCUUGUGGAGGAUCAAAAAUGGAGACCAAGACACCUUGAAGGGCCUGAUGUAUGCACUCAAGCACUUGAAACCAUACCACUUCCCCAAAACCGUCACCCACAGUCUGAAGAAGACCAUCAGGUUCUUGCACAGCUUCACUAUGUACAGGUUGUAUCAGAAGCUGUUUUUGGAAAUGAUAGGGAACCGGGUGCAGGCAGUGAAGAUAAGCUGUUUAUAACUAGAAAUGGUCACUGCUCUGUUUCUUUGGGAUGGGCCAACUCUGAUGGAGGAGAAGACUGUUUCUCAGGCACCUGAAAAGGCACAGUGAUCCCUUUCCCCUCAACGGUGGGAAUGAAGAUUCCUGCCCCCACAGUCCAUAUUAAGAACACUGAGGACUCUGAGUAGUGAAAGUGAGGCAGACUAUUUUAUAGCUUUGCAAAGCCAAGUGUCAGCACAGAAUGGCAGGCAUGCUGAUUGACAGCAGAGGGUAUUUUUUACAACUCUAAACAUAGGUCCCUUCCUCGAUUUCCUCAUGGCUGAGUAAUCAGGAGGCUUCUGCUCUCUUACUUGUCACCAAUGUCUUUUUCUUCAUUCUGAAGCUGUUUGUCUAUUACAUUCUCUUUAUCGUAAUGCUUAUCAGGUGCACGAGCCUUAUCACAUAGGCAGGGUCUUAGGCAAGCUUGACUGUUAGUUAUUUUUCCCUCUGAAGAUUUACUUUGGGUUAGGGGCUUGGCUAGACAAGCAGGGGUGGGCUUCAGUAGUUUAUUUAGCAGACUGCCACCAAGAGCCCACCAAUGUUUCUUGUUCAUCUGUAGUUGGACCUAAGCUGAUUCAAAAUACUUUUAUUUUGAAAAUGAUCACCCAGUUUUAUUCCUUAUACCAACAAUAACUGGCUUUGUUGCAGGACACUAAAAGAAACUAUGAUAUGGAGAAAGAAUUGAUAUGUCCUCCCACAUUCAACAAAUCCCCAAUAGUUUAUCCAGCUGUCGUAUCUGGCCCAGUAUCUACUGACUAUGUGUUCUCUUAUUACUGCUUGCAGUAAUUCAACUGGAAAUAAUAAUAAUAGUCAUAAAAUCUAGACUCCAUUGAAUCUCUCUAAAUAUGGGAAUCUCUAACUUAAAUAGGUUUGAGAUUUCAGUUGUGUUAGAGGCUUUUAUUAGAAAGCCGAUGUUCUUCUGUAAAAGUUACUAAUAUAGCUGUAAGACUAUUACAGUAUUGCUAUUUAUAUUCACUCAGAUAUAAGAUUUGUACAUAUUAUCAUCCUAGAGAGAAAUGGUAUAAGACAAUUUUAGAAAGAAAAAAUAUUCUGUUUAUUGUUAUGACAAAAGAGAUAAAAUAUAUUUUUAAUAGAAACUUUGUAGGGUUUUCUAAUAGAUACUGCCAGUUUUCCAGUGUGGAAUGUUUUUAUAAUAUAAUUUUAUCUGUGUAAGAUGUAAUAUCAUUUUAUAGAAAAAUGAAUUAUAUAGUCAGUUGUUUAAUGUCAGAAAGUGUAUGAACUAUAAAUUAUCUGAAUAUUAGAUGCUCUGAGAAAUUGAAUGUACCUUAUUUAAAAGAUUUUAUGAUCAUACUAUAUAAAUAACAUCAUUAAAGUUUUCAAAUUAUUUUUCA